AUGUCUUGGGCCAUGUCGUCGCUACUCCCCAUCAUCACAGAGAUCCUGCCCAUGAUACUGCCUUCGACAACUGAGGUGACCCGUGCAGACCAGCUCAAGCCCAUGCUGGAUAAUGAAGGGCGUUCCAUCCGAGACUCCGCCAUUGUCGACGCCAUCAUCAACGUGGUGUCCGGUACCGGGACACUUGUCGUGAAGGAGGGCUUUGGGGGCGAAUUGCGACAUCACGAGCUUCAGCCGGGAGACUUUGCAUUCGUCCCGGCUUGGACGGAGCACCAGGCCCGGAAUGAUUCAGACCAGGAUCUUGUUUGGGUCAUCACUCAAAGCGGCCCCCGUCCGGUUGGAGCCAUCUUGACUGAUUGGGGGGGUCAGGAGAUCAAGACUAUUGAGUGA